GUUCGCUGUAGCAUGAGAGGAAUGCAGAGCGCAGAACCGUGGAAGCAACAGCUCGCUACAUUCCAUCGGAAGACCACCGCUGCAAGAGGCGCGCGUCGCGACUCAGGAACACUACUGCAUUUGCAUCAUUGACGCAGGACAGCAGCGGUGACUUUUACCGGCUCUUCAGCAUGGCCAUUCAAAUCGGCUUGUGAUGUACGCUUGUCAAGGUGCGUCCUUUACGGCAAUGCCACGGCACAGACUGGAUCCGCUGCAUUUGGCCAAGUAGGACAAUGUGAAGAAGAUAAACUUAACUGUUCCUCGCUUUGAACUCCUUCUGCAUGAUAAGACCUCAAUAGGUUUCGUUUUUGGGUUGUUACUCUCCAUUUUAUUCAAUUCAGGAUUUCUCUGCAAAGCGAUCAAGAUUUCAGCUGCAGACCUCAGCCUCCAGCGAGAGCUUCUCUCCAAAGGGUCCUGGUUCCAGGAGGGGGGAGUGGCGUUCACGCCAUGAAACACCUGGCCAUCCCCAAAUGGCUCAGCCAGCUGGGCCUCCCGGAGUAUUCUGUGCUGUUCGAUGAUGAAUACGACGGAGUGGAGGACCUUCUGCACCUGACCGAGCUGGACCUGCAGCAGCUGGGCGUCCACAACCGCAUGCACCGCGUCCACAUCCUCUCCAGCAUCCAGGUUCUGCAGGAGCGCGAGAGACGCCGAGAGCUGAAGAUGAUGGCGGAGGGACGGUUUGCCAGCCUGCCCCGGAACAUGCACGUGGGGAGGCAGUGCUCCCUGGCCUCCUCCAUGGACCUGCUGAGCGCCCGUCCCACCGUGGCCCCGCCGCCCCCCAGCGGCUACCAGAGCGUCUCCAUCCACGGCACCCUGCCCCGAAGGAAGAAAGGGGGCGGGGCCGCGCACUCGUGGGACGCGAAUGGCCACGCCGGCUCCCUGCCCCACCCCGGCCGGGCCCGCCUGCCCUCCUCGCCCCUCAUCCACAACAUCGCCGAGGAGCCCCACCCGUUCCACGCUGAGACACUGGGCCAGUCCACUCACAGCAGGGACCAGGGCAGUAUGGAUCCCACCAUGGAGUAUGUCAAGUUCUCCCGGGACAAGUACAUCAUGGAGGGUCCUCCGGAGAAGCUGCGCAAGGAGCUGGAGGAGGAGCUGAAGCUGGGCUGCGAGGAGCCGCGCAGUCACGCCUGGUACCACGGAGCCAUCCCCAGACAGGUGGCUGAGAGCCUGAUCCAGCGGGACGGGGACUUCCUGAUCCGGGACUCCCUGUCCAGCCCGGGGAACUACGUGCUGACCUGCCAGUGGAAGAACUCCCCGCAGCACUUCAAGAUCAACAGGAAGGUGGUGGCCAUGAACGAGGCCUACUCCCGGGUGCAGUACCUGUUCGAGAGGGAGGGCUUCGACAGCGUCCCCGCCCUGGUGCGCUACUACGUGGGCAACCGCAAGCCGGUGUCCGAGGUGGUGGGCGCCAUCAUCUUCCAGCCCAUCAACCGGGGCCUGCCCCUGCGCUGCCUGGAGGAGAAGUACGGGGUGGCGGCCGUCCGCGUGGAGGCCCUGGCGCCCGAGCGCAAGAGCCAGGUCUCCAAGCGCCUGAGCCUCAACAUCAUGAACGGGCACUCCCAGGACCAAACGCUGAGCCGUGGGAACCUCCUGAGGAGCCGGGACAAGUGCGGAAGCCAGCCGGCGUGUCUGAACCACGUUCAGGACAGACGCCGACCCCUCAAAACUCAUCAGUCAGAGAGCUUCCUCCCUCUCGGCUCCAGGCCGCAGCCCCAGUCCCAGGUCAUGGAGCCCCAGCGCAGCCCCAGGUCCCCCGUGUUCCGGACGGGGAGCGAGCCGGCCCUCAGCCCCACGAUGCCGCGGAGGCUGGCCACGGAGGUGCAGGCCGGGGAGGCCAUACGGGGCUCCGACAGCCAGCUGUGCCCCAGGCCCCCGCCGAAGCCCAGCAAGGUGCCCUCCUUGAGGCUGCCCCGCUCCCCCCGCCUGCAGCGCCUCGCCCUCAUGCCCCCCGCCCCUCCCCCCAAAGCGCAGCAGCCCAGCCCGGAGGUGAGCUACUGCGAGCUGAGCCCCUGCAGCCCGGCCGAGUGGGACGCCGUCUCCGGGCCGCUGCCUAGCAACAGCUACGUGGAGAGGCUGAGGACGGAGGAGGCCAGGAAGAGCCGCCUCAGCGCCUCGGACGCCAGCCUCCCCGGACACGUGCUGGACCGCAGCUCCUACCACCACGCCAUCGAGGCCCUGGAGGACAGCGCCGAGGAGGAGGAGGGGGGCGAGGGGCCGCAGGCGGAGCUGCAGAGAGCGCGGAGGGGCAAGGAAGGAGAGCGAGCGGAGGAGAAGGGCAAGGGCUUCCGGAGGCCGGUGUUCGAGACGUCGUCGGCCUUCCGGCCGGGAGAGUUCGAGAGCAGGCUCCUGCCCUCCGAGAACAAGCCCCUGGAGAUGUCUGUGCUGAAGAGAGCCAAAGAGCUGCUGUUGAACAAAGACCACCGGACCAUCGCCAAGCACAUCCUGCAGGCCGACUGCCAGGUUGCUAGGAUACUGAAUGUGACUGAAGAGGUGAAAGGUCAGAUGGGAGUGAGCUCUGGUCUGGAGCUGGUAACGCUUCCACACGGCAGGCAGCUACGCCAGGACCUGAUGGAAAGGCACAGCACCAUGGCCAUCGGAGUGGCGGUGGACAUCCUGGGCUGCACGGGGAGCCUGGAGGAGCGCGCGACCACGCUCAACCGCCUCAUCCUGGUGGCGCUGGAGCUCAAGGACUCCAUGGGGGACCUCUACGCCUUCUCCUCCAUCAUGAAAGCCCUGGACAUGCCCCAGAUCACAAGAUUAGACCACACCUGGACCACCUUGAGAAGGAAAUACACACAAACAGCCAUCAUCUAUGAAAAGUCCCUCAAGCCCUUUUACAAGGGUCUGUAUGAAGGAAGUGUGGAUGUUCCCCUGGACAGCACCACGGUGCCCCUCCUGAUGCCCCUGCUCACGCUGAUGGAGCGGCCCGCCGUGGUCUUCGAGGGCAUGGAGCUGUGGGAGAACAACGACCAAGGCUGCGAGAUCAUGCUGCGCCACCUGGAGGUGGCGCGGGCGGUGGCGCACAACGCCGACGGCUACAGCGCCAACGCCGAGCGCAUCCUGAAAGAUUUCAAUCCUGACGAGGACAUGCUGGAGAUCUUCAAGACGGACUUUCAGCUUCGGCUGCUGUGGGGGAGCCGAGGGGCCACGGUCAACCAGACGGAGAGAUACGAAAAGUUCAAACUGAUCCUCAACGCCCUGUCCAGGAAGCUGGAGCCGGGAGUCAAGCAGACCGAGCUCUGAAGCUGAGGCUGGAAGGACCGCACGUACGCAUGCGUACGUAAGGAGAGGCAAAGCCAAUCGCAGCGGAGCGAGAAUGCAAAUAGCGCUCUGCUUUGCCCACAGCCCCCCAUGCCCCUGUGUUUGAACCGGCAGAGCCAACUGCCGUCCUGCCUUUAUCUGGCCACCGGAGGGAGACUGCAAGAUCAAUUUUUAACCUGAACUUGUCUGAAGUUACACCCUGACCCCCAGCCCUACCACAUUUGUUGACAGGUCACCGUGGCUGAUAAAUAUAAGAGACAUGCACUGUGACUGGAGGGUCAUUAGAAACAGCACUGUAGUUUGUAUAAGCCCUGGGUUAGGUGAAAUGGGCUGAAGGCCACUGCGGGCAGGUUUUCGGGGGAACUGAAACAGCAUGUCACUCAAUGCCCAAUGGGCAAUGACAACACUGGAGCUCUUCAAAGUGUUCGUGUGAAAAGGAAAUACUUCUAUGUAUCACUAAAGUAGUGACUGAGAUAUAGUUCCCUUUUUAAAAGGGAGAGACUUUACGUGAUAUUUGUAGAAGUAUAAGACAGAUUUCCUCAGUGCCAAACCCGGGGGAAGGCUAGAAGAUGGGAAUCUCACAGUGGAACUCACAACGACGAGGUCCCCAAGAGGGAGGUUUCUCGUUUUGGUAUAAUCGGAAUCCGACGACUUUCCGAAUUAAAAAGCGUUUCAAAAUCUAGAAAACAUAUUUCCUAGGUCCGCAAUAGUUGCUUGAACAGAUGUUGUUAUGUGUUAAUCAGUUGUUUAUAUGGCGUUUGUUGUGUGAUAAUCUGGUUAACAUUGUGCAAAAUGGUGUAAAUAAUAGCUAAUAAUGUUCAACGGUAAGCAUGUGGAUGCUAAACUAUGUAAUAUAUUUUCUCCUGAAAGAUGACUGUAAAUAAUUACAUAACUUUAAUAUCUUUAUAUGGAAUCCUGUGUACACAUAAAUAAAUGGAUAAAGAUAAAGGUACACAUCUAUCUAACUGAA